AUGGUUAACACAUUUGGUCGUCAGAACAAGACAUCCAUUACUCGUACUCGGUCUGGGUGUCUCCAAUGCCGUCACAAACGGAGAAAGUGCGACGAGGCAAAACCUGUUUGCAAUCGAUGCGCAAGCAAUGGCGGCGUAUGCGAAUACGGGAAUAGGCUGGAAUUCCGUGAUUCCACCCAGUGGGCGGCUCACAAAGUCAAGCAAGCCAAAUUCGACGGUCGAAGAUCCCAAACUCACGACCGAUCUCGACGAACGAAUUCCACAUCACCAACAUCACACCUACCGAAUGAUUUUGUAAAGGAUUCUGAAUUGGCCCUGUUGCAAGAUCAUCUCUCGUCACCAACCAUGACGCCAAUCACCUCCAUCGACGUUCAGGGUUCGGUCGGCGGACAAUACGAUAAAACCGUCUUUACUGUCGAUCCUGCAGAUGCAUCCUUUGAGAAUUCUGCUAGUGACCAAAUCGAUUCUCCAAAUAACUCUUGGCCGAUUUGCAACGGCGAAAGCGCCAACAUGGGCGGUGUCUCCGACGCGACCGACAUUGGAGACAUCACUGGAGCUGGCUUCUGGGCCACCCUGGACCUCUUGUCGCAAAGCAGUGCAGAGAGCAGUGCAUCGGAUCUCACAAAACCCUGCGAGCCUCUUUAUGAGAUUCCACCUUGUCAAGCCUUUUACAAAGAUAUUGUCGUUCCAUGGGAACCUUUGCAUGCCCCGUCAUCCGGUGGAUCACAAGAUGAUCUACUUCCAGACAUCUCAGAAGAGUUCCCGGUGUUGACUGGUGCCGAGGUGCUCACAACGCCUUGGCAACAGUGGCCAAUUUCACCGAAGCCUCCCCAAUCCCUUGGAAUUUCCAUCGGAGACAGACUAUACCUCGCCCACUUCAAAGUCAGCAUCACCGAGACUCUCCCCAUACAACUGGACUAUUUGUGGCGGAUGGUUAUGGAACUUCCACCAGUCCGAUAUGCUUCAAUGGCACUUGCAGCCGCGAGUCUGGCGAAUCUACGAGGGAAACCAGCGUUGGAUCAGCAAGGCAUGUGGGUACCAAUGCAUUCCUACUCCAAAAAUGCCACAAAAUUCGCCGCUUUGAGCAGAAUGGAGAACGAUUCAACCAUCACUCUUGCUUCCCGUUUAGUCAUGUUGAUACUUUUGCUCUGUUAUGAACUCGAGGCUGGCUCCCUUAGCAGGGUGUGGACUGCUCUCGCCAAUCUGGAUGAUGCGGUACUCGGCAGUUCGGAUCAAGCACUUGCUCUUCCCGGCGGCCACAAUUUGGUCUGCUGCUGGCUGCAUCUCCGCUCACUCUACGGUGUCCAGAGGCGCCCCCAUGCGCCGUACGGUGUUGAAUCUCAGAAAGAAUCGCUGGUUAUUGAGCUGGAGUCUAGAGUGGCUUCAAAGUCGCAAGCCAUCGAUCUCAUUGGGACAAGGGCACUUCAAAUAUGCAACAGGAUUCUCCUGUUGAAGGGCAUGCGUAAGAAUGGCGAGUCAGCUAAAGAUACGAUACAGAGGGCCGGUGAUUGGUGGGAAAUCAUCAAAGGGGGGUUUGGGUAUGAUUCGGUAGAUGCUUCCGAAACGUCCCCAAUAGUUUUGGAGGAAGAGGAGUUGUACGAGGAAUUGGCACGACUCCGAGCGGCGCUGGAGAGUUGCGAGCCACCGAAAGGGUUACCACUCGAACCCAAAUCGGUGAACACACUCUCAGUUGAAAUUGAGCCUCUAUUCUUCUCGAGUCAUUGCGAAGCCAUGGAAUGCGCCGACUACGUCUUUGCGCAGCUUGUUUGCGACGACCAGGUGGUUAGUAGACUGGCUCGGUCCGAAGAAUUUGCACCAUCUAUUCCGCCACGAUCUGAAAGUAUCCAUCCUCGGAUGCAUCUACUACUUCGCAUUGCAGCAGGUCUGGAUCCUGUCGAAUGCUCUCGGCGAAACAUGUACCGGAAAGGUAUUACGACCUAUUUACAGCUCGGAGCACGCCUUUGUGCUUCUAAAGCGGGGUUUGACGGUCUUGAACGGUUUCUAUCUUCAGUUGUCAAAGCUGGGGUGUUUUAUGAGGGAUCAUUUUCACCAACUCAUGCAGUGCGCUUGUUCAAUCGGGCUCUGCAACGGGAGAUGUCCAAGGGGCGGACGGCUUUCUUGGCGGCACUUACCUAUGAUCAAUGGACGGCUAGAGAGACGUUGUUCUCUAAAGGAAUGGAUCAGCACGUUAUAAUUAUCGGGCGUGAGGCAGACGGGAAGACCUUUAACGAUUUAGUGCCUCUCGUGGAGGGUGAAGAGACAGAUGGCUAUUAGUUACAACGAGAACCAGAAGUCAUUUCAAGUUUUGGA